AUGCUCAUAAAUACAGCCCUGGGUUGGCUGCUAGUCAUGUGUCAAGCACCGUGCUGGCAGUCCGCAACAUGCAACAUAGCCUCCAUCUCUGAGCUCGCCUGCAUCUACUCCGCCCUCAUCCUUCAUGACGACGAGGUGACGGUCACGGAGGAUAAGAUCAAUGCCCUCAUUAAAGCAGCUGGUGUCAAUGUUGAACCUUUCUGGCCUGGCCUGUUUGCAAAGGCCUUGGCCAAUGUCAACAUUGGGAGCCUCAUCUGCAAUGUAGGGGCUGGUGGACCUGCUCCAGCAGCUGGAGCUGCACCAGCAGGUGGUCCUGCCCCCUCUACCUCUGCUGCCCCAGCUGAGGAGAAGAAAGUAGAAGCGUCUGAUGAUGACAUGGGCUUUGGGAUUUUUGAGUAAGCCUCUUUCUUGUUAACAUGUCCAAUAAAAAGAAACUUUAGUUG